CAUUCACCACUCCUUUUAUUUUAAAAACAAAGUCCCUUCCCUCUCCUCAUUUAAUUCGCAUAUGAACCAUCUAUUUAAGAUCAAUCUCCAACAUUAAUAACCCCUUCCUACUUUCAUAUUCAUAUUCAUUUUCAAAAGCAACAUCAUAUUCUGUUCUUCUAACCUAAAUUCAAAACCCAUCAGGAAUGGGAAGAAAGCUCCCAUUUCUUCCUACUUGUGGCAGCCCUGAUAAAACCCUCUCUUUCCGUGCCACCACCACCACCAUCACCGCCGCCGCCGGAGAUUUCGUAGACAUGGCUGCCACCGGAGAAACGGAUUCAUCCAUAGAGUGUGUGAUUCGAGGGUUAAGUAGCGACAGGUUCUUUUUCAAACCAGGGAAAACAAGCUCCAUACUUGAAGAAGCAAAGCCAAGCGAAAAAGAAAAAGAAAAAGUUUUACCAUUCAAAGAAAGUGUGUCAAUGAUGGAGAUGGAGUCAACUGACCCAUUUGUUGACUUCAAGAAGUCAAUGCAAGAAAUGGUGGAUGCUGAUGAAGGGUUAAAAGAAUGGGAGAAUCUUCAAGAGCUUUUGAGUUUGUAUCUAGCACUGAACGAAAAGAUCAACCAUGGUUACAUUAUUCGAGCUUUUGUUGACUUAAUGUUGGUCAAUCUUGGAGCUUCUUCUGCAUUGCCAUCUUCAUGUUCUUCAUCGUCAUCAAUGAACGUUCAGGAUCAAUCUUUAUUAAUGGAAUCUGGUGGGAAUAAUAACAAGAAGAUGAUUACAAGUAGCGAAUCCCCAGAAUCUGCUUUAUCAUUUACGUCAUCAUCAGCAUCUUCUUCUGGGACUUGUUCAACUGCAAGCCAUUGUUUGUCAUCUUGUUCGUUGGAAGAAGAAGAAGAAUUAGAAGAAGAAGAUGAUGAAGAUGAAAACAGUGCCCAGAAAGUAGAAGUUUCAGAUAAUGCUUCUUCUUCUUCUUCUUAUUCAAAAGUAUGAUGAUUUUCUAUUAAUGGAAAGAUAUGUAUAUCACUAAUUUUAGUAAUGAUAGUGAGAUUUAUCUCUAACUUUCACCA